AUGCUGUGGAUAUUUCGUUAUUUUCUUGUCUUUGUUUCGUUCACCAACCUUGUAACUGCUGAGGAUCAGUGCAGGAUAGAAAUUAACAUUCGUGGCAUGGCUCUCAAAGGCUUCGUUUUCAAGAGAAUGACAGUAGCAGCUCCUCAUAUUUGUGAUAUCUUAUGUGAAAGGGAAAUCACCUGCCAGAGCUAUAAUUUCAACAGAAAAGAACAGAUCUGUGAAUUAAACAACCGCACAAAGGACGCAAGACCUGAGAAUUUCCGCUCAGACCCAGCGUGGUUUUAUAUUCGCCGUUUGAACGGAAGAGGUAACUAUUCAGCCAAUAAUGUUGGAUGAUAAUUAUCAAUAUUUUGGUCAUACGCUUGACUUUGCUCACAGUCCGCGUUUUCUGAUCUCCCGCACUCAUCGGUAUUGAUUUUUCCAUCAUUUCUUAAUUUUAAUAAUGAACGAUAUUAGUUCUAUCCCUUUUCUUUGUAGUUGCUUUGUAGUUUCCCACCAAAAGCGUAGCUCCAAGUUCUGCCGACAGACACACAACCCACAAUUCCUCUAUUCACUCUAACGAAGGGCUAACGCUCGAAACAUCUGUUUUGAAACUCUGAAGAGUGGUCAAUGAAGAAAUGUAAAAUGGUUUCCGUGUUUACAUAGCCUGAUGUAAACACGCGGGAGGUUGGGAGAACACGAGAUAAGCGUAGGAAACCACGACGCGAAGUGGAGUGGUUUCCAGCUUAUCGAGUGUUCUCCCAACCUCCCAAGUGUUUACAUCAGGCUAUGUAAACACGGAAACCAUUUUACAUUUCUUUUAUAAAAUAACUAAUGAAAGAGGAACGAAAACCGUGUUUACAUACGCUCAUGUAAAAUGGUUUUAUGGCCAAUCAGAGCGCGCGUACUAUUUGAAUUAUUUUAUAACUUACGUUAUCAAGUCAGUUGAUAGCACCAAAUUACCUUGUUAUACUCUCCCACCGAUGCAGCACCACAGUUUCUUUAGAAACUUACCCCCUUUAUUCAGUUUAACUUUUAGUUAACUUCUUCACAGAACAGCUUGAGUGAUGCAUGUGUGAAAUGGUGACAACAAAUUAUUUAUGUAUUUAUUCUUUAAAAUGAUACAAAAAGCUUAGGGUCUCGGAAGAAGGUAAAAAAGCUGGUGGCUCUAAAGGAAGGGUUUAAAAGUGAGGGGGGCCCACUUCCCAAGAGAAAGGUGCUUGACAGAGCGUUUAAUUUAUCACAUUCAAAGGCGGGAAUUGAUGAAUGGAAUUAGAUCCUCAUUCUAAUUCUCUUGUGUUUUUCACUCUCGGCUUUCGACUUGUGCACCUACAUAUAUUUUAUUUUCAACAUCUUUACUACCCAUAUCAGCUCCCUUGGGUUCGAUACCGAAGUUACCAGCACGUUCAUGCCGAGAAAUAAAAGCAAGCGAAGGGAAAAACACUGCAAGCAACAAAUACUGGCUGGAUCCAUCUGGCACAGGGAAGGCAGUUUUGGUUUACUGUGAUAUGAAUUUGGAAGGUAAAUCAUCAUUACGUCACCGUUAGUUUCACUUUCUGUUUGAAUUGUAGAUUCUUUUAAUAGCGUCCCUGUUUCUUCAAGAUAUUAUAUAUUCAAUUUUUUUUUUCAUAAAAAAGCUAAAUAGGGCAAAAAUACACACAUAGGGACACGCCUAAACCAAAAUGCACUUUGAUAAAACUUUGACUAACAUUCUUACUUCAAUAUUACAGUUAUAAAGCAAUUGUAAAAUUUGUUCAGAGACAAUUGAAUCUUCUUCUGCAUAUCAUGCAAGACUAUUUUUCUGCUAAAUUAAUGAGUGGGUUCCCAUAACUGCACCUGCAAGGAGGGAUACCUUAGCGAUGGACACUCGUGUUCAGGUACAUUGCCAUUGAUUUAGGCGAUAUUCAUGCGAAUAUCUUGAUAGCUUAUGUUUUCGGCUUACUGAGAGAGCAGUCAAAUGACUUAUCGAAAUGAUAUACAUUUCUUUUGUUGGGGAUGGGAGGGAAAAGAGGGAGUGUAAUGAGUUUGGAAACAACUAUGAAGUGUUUUGCGACAACUAAGAAGUGUUUUGCGACAACUAAGAAAUGUUUUGUGACAACUAAGAAGUGUUUUGCGACAACUAAGAAGUGUUUUGCGACAACUAAGAAGUGUUUUGUGACAACUAAGAAGUGUUUUGCGACAACUAAGAAGUGUUUUGUGACAACUAAGAAGUGUUUUGCGACAACUAAGAAAUGUUUUGCGACAACUAAGAAGUGUUUCGCGACAACUAAGAAGUGUUUUGCGACAACUAAGAAAUGUUUUGCGACAACUUAAAAGUGUUUUGCGACAACUAAAAAGAGUUUGGCAAUAACUAAGAAUGUUUUGUGAAAUGUAAGAAGUGGUUUGCCCACUACUAAGGAGUGUUUUGUGACAACUGGUUGCGACAACUAAGGAGAGUUUGGCGAUGACUGAGGAGAGUUUGGCGACAGGUAAGAAGGGUUUGGCGAUAACUCUGAAAUGAGACAACUAAUUGCGACAACUAAGGAGGGUUCAGCGACGAAUAAGAAGAGUUUGGCAACAGGUAAGAAGGGUUUGGUAACAACUGAGCAGAGUUUUGCGACAAUUAAGGAGGGUUUGCUGACAAAUAAUGAGAGUCUGGCGACGACUAAGAAGAGUGGUACGACAAUUUAGCAGUGUUUGGCGACAACUAAGGAGGGUUUCGUCACAACUGAAGGCAGGUUCCAAAUCAAUCGAGAAAGACUGUUUAAAGAAACAGUCUACCUACUCGCCGUCCAUAACUUCCUCAGUAUACACCGUUGCAUCCACAAAAUAAGCAUGGUACCCACGCACGCUUGCCUGAACAUAGAAUUCGUAUCCAUCUGCCAUUUUAUAGUUUGAUUUGUGCAGAAAGUUGACUUUCCUAAAGAGGUAUUCAAGAUGGAAGCUUUACUUUCCUUAAUUUUCAAGAAAACGGUUGUACAGCAAAACAGUUAUUGUCUCUAGGACAAUAGACGCACAGGGUGUUAUGGGAUACAUUACUGCAUUGACUUUUGUGUUCCUCAAUUUUGAUGAAUUGUGGAAGAUGAAUCGUACUUUAUUCGAUUGUGGUUUGCGAAAAUCAGUAGAGUUGAAGGAUGGCAGAGUGUACGUCAUUACGUCGACAUUGGAAAAGACAGUUAAACUGAGCAGCGCCACAGUUAAAUGCAAACACUGCGACAGAUCGUUCAAAGUUCAACAAUAUUUGGACAGCCACGUACAAUUCAAGCACCCGGCCUCUGCCACACAGAACUCGAACAGCAUCAGCUCAGCAUCUAGAGAUACAUUGACUAUUUUUGUAAACAUCAACAACCACUCAGGUGAAACAAACAUGCAGAGAAUGGCUGAGAGUCAACAGCUUGAGGAUGUGCCGCGUGAAUCGGGCGGUGUUGCCCAAGGUCUAACUCAAAGGCGUAGCAAUAAUCGAAGGGGAAGUAACAAGUGAAAGUACUACACUGUCGAUUUCAUAAAGAAAACAAUGGAUCUUUUGGAUUCAUUGAAAUCAUCAACUAACAAAUACAAAACAGUUGCAAAGCAACAAGGAGUCAACAGAUCGCUGGUGCCUAAGGGACUUGUCAGAAAUUAGCAGGGGGGGAGGGGGGGUGGAAACAGAGGGGGGGUCACAACUUUUUGAGCCUCAGAAAAGGGAGGGGUCAUGAAAAAUGGGCAGUUAAAAGGGGGAGGGUCAUGCAAAUAUAUGCCCGUGAUCAUGUAGAGGUUCACCCACAGAAGAAAAAGGAAGUUCUUUAUUUGGCAAAAAAAAAGAGGAAAUACCUAGCACAUUUAAAUCAUUUAGAGAUGAUGAGUGGGAAGAGAAAAAUGGAAAAGAAAAACAAGAAUUUGAAAGAGAACACAAUGUCUUAUGAGGAAUUUGACUGGAUGGAAAUGCUGAAUAGUGGAACACUAGCGAAACAGCGUGUAUGUGUUCUGGACAAAUACAUCGAUAAACAUAAUUUGCUUGCAGUGAAGGGUAAAAACAAGCCACAGAAAGUCAAUGCUAUUAUGGAUCACUUACGGUCAUUUGCUGAGAGCACAAAAACAAACAAACAAUUCUCCCUCAGUGUGGAAGAGGUGGAUGAUCAUGAUGAAUGUGAGGUAGAUGAAGGGGAUGAGGCAUUACCCACUUGUUCUAGUGAUGAAGACUUUGUAUUGGGAGAAAUAGGAGAGUCGAGUGAUCAGUCGGACUCUUAAUGCUGUCAUCGAAAAUGUAUGUAUGUAGCAUGACAAAGAACAGAUUAGAAAUAUAUUUUGAGUUUUCAUAAUACUAACGCACCCUAGUGUAUUGCAAGAACUAGAUUUUAUCAUUUAUACAAGAGGGGGAGGGUCAUGAUAUUUUAGGCCAAGCUCAAGCGGAGGGUUAGCAAAUUUCACUCCCAUUGCAGGGAUGGGUCACCUAAUUUCCGAACCCAAAUUUAAAAUUCCCACCCCCCCUCCCCCCCUGCUAAUUUCUGACAAGUCCCUAAGUGGGAAAAAAACAGAAGCAAAAUUUUUGCAGAACUGACUCUGACUCUUGCAGAACUGACUCUGACCAUGACGAAGAAGAGACAAAGGAGGAGGAUCGCUGGGAACAAAUCCCGACGCACUGAUAAACAUCCUCUGGCUUCCAAUCCUUUACCUGCCGAGUCAGCCAGCAGGAAGCAAAGUGUCCAAACUUUAGUUAAAAAGAAAUGAAAUCUAAAAUCGAAGCAUUCUAUGGCGCAGAGGAAGCUGCAAAAUUUAAAGAAAGCAGCAAGUGGUUCCAAAGAUUCAAGAAACGACACACCAUAGUACUGAGGAGAAGGACCAACAAGAAAAAAGUCUGGACAGAUGAUGGCCGGGAUACGAUCCAGAAAUUCCAUAGGGAUUUAAGGAAAGCCUUGAAAACACAAAGGAGAAGCAACAAGUCCUAUACAGUUGACCCAAAGUAUGGAAGAUGGAUACCUAAAAAUUGCUUUGCUUACAAUAAAACAAUAUCGACCAGGUAGGUUCCUGUCCCAUUUGUAAAUGAGCAAGAUAAAACCUGCGACACAUUGGGUGCUAAGGAAGUGUGCGUGUCACAACCAUCUUCUGGUUUAGAUAAACGACAGGCUACUCUAAAACUUUGCAUUGGGGCUGACGGGGAACAAAACGUGAAGCCAGCAUUUAUCUUCAGAGGAAAAGGGCGUGUGGCAACUGAGGAGAAAGAAAAGUAUGACAAGAAGGUUGAUGUGUAUUUCCAGCAAAAUGCUUGGAUGGAUGAAGAAAUUAACUUACAGUGGGUCCAGGGUACACUUAUUCCAGGAACUGGGAAUGACAAAGAAGAAAAAAAUUCUAUUUGCAGAUAAUGUCGGCUUCCAAAAAAAUCAACAUGAAAACAUGAAAUCAGAUCAACACUACAGUUUACAUGCUGCCUGAAAACCACACCGACAAAAUCCAACCCAUUGAUGCAGGACGUGGUCGGUUGAUGAAAGGUAAAAUUGGUGCAACAAUGGAAACAUGGCUGAAAGAGGAGAACAAUCUCGAUAAAUGGCAGGAUAGACAUUUAGCAAAGGAUCUCAAUAACCCAAUGGACUGGGGGAGCGUGGAGUGAGUUAAGUAAUGAUGAGACCUUUUCUCAAGAAAGUGUUUGAGAAAAUGGCUCAAACCCCCAAGGUUUCGAAAGAUAUGAGAUUUUAAUGCAUCAGAUAAUUGGACUGGAAAUUUUAGAAACUGGAUGCUGACAUUUUGCUCUCAGUUUGCUUGUAGGAUUGGGGACCAGUCAAUAGUUACAUGGAAGGAGGGAAGGGGGAGGGAGGGGGGGCUGGUGCAUUUUGAAUUUGCUUGAUUUUUGCUGAGUUUCGAGUUGUUUAUCACCAGAACUGCUUCCACUCCCCUAAUAUAAUAUUAUUGCCUUGAUUAAUGCAGUUAAGGUUAGUUCCAUCUAUGAAUUAAUUAAAAUGUUGUGCUUGCACAUUUACUUCAUCUGUUGGUAGUCUAUGCGGUAUUUAAUUUUUAGAAACAAUUUUAAGAACACCUUAAGAAUAUUUUCAAGCUGGUUUUGCAGAAACACCCGAUAUAUAAGAACAAAAUCAGCCUGAACCCGCAAAACACGUUUUCUUUUAAGCGGGUUUUUACGAUAUUGGCAAAGCCCAAAGUAACUAACAAUUUCUUAUUAGUGUCAUAACUUUUAUUUUUACUGCUUGUGUUUUACGAAGGAUUUACAGCUGUUUUUACAAAUCUUGGUAAGAGUGGAACAAAGGGUCCAAACUCAGUUGGCAGUCACUACACGGGUCAGGAUCAUGACGGACAAGUUACAGUGUCCGGCGGUAUUCAACUGUGGACUGUGCCGCACACUGGUGAAUACAGAAUAGAAACAAUAGGAGCCUCAGGGGGGUACAGUGAGGACAGUGUCAUCAAUGGAGGGAGAGGGGCGCGGAUGAUUGGAAACUUUAUGUUGACCAAAGAUGAGAUCAUUCGUAUACUUGUUGGCCAAAGAGGGGAAAAAGAGUAUCAUAACAAAAAAACUGGCUCAGGCGGAGGAGGUACAUUUGUAGUAAGAGGAGACAACAAGCCUUUGAUCAUAGCCGGAGGUGGAGGAGGAGUUGCUAAAAUGACAGAACAACAUCCAGGAUGUGAUGCGUCCAUAAACACAACAGGAAAUGCAGGGUAUAACUCGCCAUUCCUGUCAGGAGGAAGUAACGGAAAUGGAGGACAAACUGAUAAACCGCACUCUGGUAGGUGAAGAAUUUCCUAUUUAUAAAUAUUAAAUUAUAUUUUUUGUAUUCUACUGCCAUCCAUCAUUAUUUCGAACAAAGAGGUGGUACUGGUCGCUCAAAUUUGGAUUUUUUCCAGAAUUACUAAAAGCCAUGAUCUGUUAAGUUUCUAAGGUCAAUUGUAAAUCUCUUGAUUGUAGGUGGUGGUGGUGGCGGCGUUUACAGCAAUGGAGAAGACUCAGAGAUUUCUGGUGGAGGGGGAAAGGGAGGUAAAGGAUUUCUAACCGGGGGAGAGGGGGGAGCACAUAUGGGUGGGUUCGGAGGUGGGGGUGGUUAUCGUUCAUUUCAUGAGUUACCUGGGGGAGGUGGAGGGUAUUCUGGGGGAAGUGGAGGUGCGAAUAAAAAUAUUUCCUGUGGGGGAGGGGGAGGUUCUUUCAACAACGGAACAAAUCAGCAAAAUGAAUGUUGUUAUAAUACUGCUGAACAUGGUAAAGUGAUCAUAACAUUUCUUCACUGAAAUGCAUGGCAGCACUUUUCUUAGCUUGUAGUGGUAAUUCUGUUUUGAAGCGCUAAUUGAUGUUUGUUUUUAAACUCAAUAGUUUAACUUCUUUAGGUCCUUAUUUAGAUUUUGUUAUUAAGCCGUGUUUAGGUUGAGGGUAGUAUUAAAAUUGCUAGAAUAGGUGUGUUCGUGAGUUUUUAAUGACUUUUUAAAUUUGUCGACAGCAAAAGCUGUAAUUUUUGUUCUUUUUCUAGCUCUUUUCGGAGCAAUAAAUCAGAAGAUGUUUUGGACUGUUCAUACAGUUCUGUAUUCAUCACUUAAGUUCAGUGGACUCAAUUUUAGGCAAAGUUUAGGGCUUGAGACGAAUUAUAAAUUUUUUGGCUAUGGACAAAGUUGCUUAUCUGAUUGUAAACAAUUUGAGAUCAACGCAAGAACACGUUGCACUUCAAGAAAUAGUGGCUUCUCAAAAUCUACAUGUAGAGAUUAGAGGAGGUUCACUCCCAGAGGUUCACUCCCAGAGGUUCACUCCCAGAGGUUCACUCCCAGAGUUUCACUCCCAGAGGUUCACUCCUUGAGAUUCACUCCCAAAGGUUCACUCCCAGAGGUUCACUCCCAGAGGUUCACUUCCAGAGAUUCACUCCUAGAGGUUCACUCCCAGAGGUUUACUCCCAGAGGUUCACUCCUAGAGGUUCACUCCUAGAGGUUCACUCCUAGAGGUUCGCCCCCAGAGGUUCGCUCCCACAGGUUUACUCCCAGAGGUCCUCUCCCAGAGGUUCACUCCCGGAGGUUCGCUCCCAGAGGUUCGCUCCCAGAGGUUCACUCCCAGAGGUUCACUUCCAGAGGUUUAAUUAAACAUGGCUUGUACGUUCUUAGUUGUAUGAUGCACGAAUAUUUAGGUGAGAGAAAACAGUGAACAACAAAUUAUCCCAGCUCUUUAUUCACACAAAUUCUUGCACGUUAAAAGCAUACAAUAUUGGGGUGAGGCAAGAUGAUAGUUUAUAAUCGCCAAGGUGAGGACAAUGUUAGCCACAAAUUAAUUCCGCUUAUAGAAUAAAAAAGAUACAAAUGCCAGAAUUGUUAAGAUUUUAAAUAGCGGGCAUGGUGGGAAGUUUGUGAUAAUUAGUCAAUUAAUAACAUAUGGGUAAUAGAGACUAAGUAAUAAUUUUGUAGGGAAACAGUUGUGAAGUCAGCCCUUUAUAUCCUUAUGUAUCUAAUUUCGAUGAAAACAUAGUUAACAAUGUAAAGGUCCAUUAUUCAGUCAAUCAUUUUUUUUUCUGGAUCAGCUCAAAACCAAAAUCGAUUUUCACUGAUGAUACAGCCAGUGUGACUCUGCUUCUUCAACUUUUUUUUCCCGUUGACCUUUUAAAUUUUGUUGCGCAUGAAACUGACUUUGAGCGAUGGCGCAUUCAAGGUUACUCAAAACUUUAUUUACUUGUAAUAUUUUUGUUUUAUGAUAACAUCCGGAAUAUCUUUUCAGGAGGCUCUUGUGCUCCUUCACUAAAACUGGAGUAAAGCGCUGUAAUUUUCACGUAGUUGGAAAUAACGGUUCGGCUUAAUAACAAAACUUAAUUAAUAAUAAAGUUUAUUGAGGACAUUGUUUGCUAGUUGAUUGACUUAAAGUUCCUAGUUUCUUGUGAAACUCAAUAAACUGAUAUCUGGCUGUCAGUAUUUCAUUCGUGUUUGUUAGUUAAACCUAAAUUAUUAAGUCACAUCAACUGAGAGUAAGGUAAAUUUGCGAAAGAACGAAAAAGUAUCCAUGUAUCUUACAGGAAAAAAGUUCAUGAAUCCCCCAACCUUUGCUUAUCAUUUUACUUGUCUUUGUUGUCUUUUUCGCAAAACACAAAGACCAGCCUUGACUGAAGGUCUUUGCAGGGUAAUCGAAAAUUGUAUGAUGCAUGAAUAUUUGGGUGGAAAAACAGUGAAUAACAAAUUAUUUUCUGCGACAGCCUUGUAUAGAAGGACAUUCCUAAAGACGGCUAUAAAAAGCGAUGCGAAUUGUUUGAAGAUUUCCAACGCUGUUUCUGGUUGGACUUCUGAUUGAGCAAUCGGAAGAUAUCAACUGAAUAAUUCACGCGCACUUUUCAUAAGACAUUAGUCGCUUAUUAUAAGUGUCUCUUUUACUGAACUUAACUUCAACGGAAUACAACGAAGGUACAAUUAAGUACAAAGUCAAAUUCGCUGAAAUGGUUGUGAGUUGCCAUAUAAAACUCAUCCUUGUAGAUACGGCUAAUUAUUCACUGGCACAAAAUGAAAACAAUUGAAUCGAGACAGUUGCGAUAUGGUGACAACUUCCAUGCAGCAGAAACGAUGAAUGCUUUACCAUGAAAAUUUCACAUGUGGUGAAAUAUGACGUGAAGUGAAGCCUGGACGGGGCUCUUCAUCCGAUAAAAUCAAAAUUCAAUUUCUAAUAACGCAUAAUUCUUCAGAUAAAUAAAUGGGUUAGUUUCCAAAGAAACUGGUGUUGCGUCGGUGGGAGAUUAUAACAGGGUAAUUUGGUAUUAUCAACCGAGUUGAUAGCGUGAAUUGGCCACCGUAAAAAGUUAAAAAGCUGACGUUUCGAGCGUUAAUCCUUCGUCAGAGCGAGUGGAUGAACUGUGGGUUGUGUGUUUUUAUAUGCAGAAAAUUGAGCUACGCUAUUGGUGGGAAUAUGGUGACAAGAAGACAAGAAGACAAGAAUAAAUUAGUUGAAUGAAAGGCGCUCGUUGAUACCGUGGGGAUUAAGAGUUUUGCAGCUUUCUGAACUCAGCCUAGAUGUAGGGAAAGGCUCCAAACUGCCAUAUGCUGCUUAGAAUGAUUAGGGGGAUUAAAGUGUGACUGGUUUGAAUACGUCCUUGUCAUUUCUUUAAAUUUCUGUUCCAAAUGUAUUGAAAUGAAUGCGAUCUAUUUCGACGUUUUGAAGCUUUGUUUUUAAAAAACCAGCCACUGCAAAACCUAUUUUAAUCAGCGCUUGUAUUGAUCAUUUCCAUGCGGUUUUCCUAUUCCGGUUACAGGCCCCCUCGGACAUAAGCCCCUCCGUCUCUAAACCCUGGCUUCUAAAACCCCCUUACGAAGUUGUACAAGCCUCAGGGCUUAUAAGCAGCAGUUUACGGUAAAGGGCAAUUAACUUCCUGAUUUAUUCAGACAGAACGCCAUUAAUACGCAUUAAGUAUAAUAAAGUUUCACCAACCCACAAGAUCCCAGAGGAACUAAUUAAUUCAGCUAUGACAGCUACUGACAACCACAUAAAUAAACAAAGAAGGUGCCCCAAUUGAACGCAGAUUAAAAUUCAGCUCUCUUUGUUGCCUGAUUUUGGCCUUAAAAGUGUGAAACUUACAGUAGCUAUUUGCUGGGAUUAUAACGGCUGUUUUUUUCGAACAACAUGUUCACUGUAUUCAACUGCUUUGUUCUCGCCGUUUUGGUUUCCCUAAUACCACAAGGACGAGGUGAGAUUUCCCUACAGUUAUAUCCUAGUUAUGUCUGAGUAAUAUUUCAAAGUUUACCAAGGCGAUACAUUACUUUUUGGUCAUCUUUAUUGACAUAACCAAGACUUAAAAUAUUCGCACAAGUUUCUCGGCUUCCUCUGGAAUUGAAUAUAGCAUAUUAUUUCAUUUAAAUACACAGUUACCUGGAUUGGCAUACGACAACCUACGUAUUAAGAAAGAAGUUCGUACAUUUUUGGAUUUAUUUAGUAACACAGAUUUUGGAUAUAACAAGUUUACAAACGAAUCAAAUUUUAUGAAACGUGGUCUUUUGGAGUAACCAAAAGCGAAAGUUUACUUCAAAAAUACAAAAAUACAGUCACUUUCUCUACCAAGAAGUCAGUGAACGUGUGCGAAUUUUUUGACAUGUUCGAUUAUACGCGGUGGAUGGGUUUGACUACUGACAUAUGUUCGUUUUUAUUUAAAGUUGAGAGUCAACUAAAUCGGCGCGACUUGUUUUAAUGAAAAGUUUACACACCAGUGAGACUUUUCAAUUCUUGUAAUGAAAUCUUGUUAUUCGUCAUAACGAGACAAAGUAUGCUAUUUUCUCAAAAUUUACAGGAAAAUUAAAAAAAAAAAAAAAACCAAAAGGUCUGGCUUUUUUGUACAAUUUGGCUCUUGAGUUGAUCUAAAGGUUGGGUAAUAAAAUCUGCACGGAGGACUAAAAUUCGUGUAUUCUUGAGAGUUGGUCGAACUAAGGCAUAAGUUAUUAAUGAUCCACCGCUGAAACGAUGUUCUAACCAAACAGGUGAUUCCGAUAGAAAAAUUUGUUCAAUAAAUUGUUCUCAGUCUUGGUUCAUCAAAACGGAGAUUGUUGACUUUCGGUCCUAUAGCCAAUAUGAUAAAUCUUUUAGUUAACAAAUACUGCUUUUAAGUUCUUCUAGUGAACGAAAAAAAUGACAGAGACUACAUUUGACAUUUUAAGAUUUGUCGUACCUGUUAUACUCAAUUACCUCGUUAUGAUAUGCAUGCUCGAGGCUAACUUUCUGCGUGUAGCCUCCUGGUGAGUGUUGAUACACACUAUGGAUACAAAACUCAUUUUCAUUUUAUAUUUAGAGGUAAAAAGUAAGAACUACAUAGAGCUUUCUAACUUAAUAGAUUUUUCUCUCCAGGUAACUGCCGCAAUUUAAAGUUUACCAAUUUUCAUAAAUCUGACUACCGGUUGGAGAAUCACACGGUUCGAACUAUUGAAGCUGCCGACGAGGGUCUCUGCAUGUUACAAUGCUACCUGGAACCUAAUUGCGUUAGUUAUAACUUCUGUAAGAUAAAACAGGCGUCUGGAAAACACAAGUGUGAUCUGAAUAGUGCGACUAUUGAACACGAUGAAGACCUGGUUAAAUACGAAAGUUGUAUUUACCGCGAAGCUGAGGUGAGAAUGAAGUUACUAAGCCAAGAGCGUGAUAUUCUCCGCUCAGUUCGUUACAAGACUAAGAAUCCUUUGAGCUUUUACUCCCUCCUCUUUUGAUUUCUUCUUCCAACCGCCCAAAUUAAGGGUAUAAUAAUUGCAUGAUUAAAAUUUUGAAAUAAAGAAUUGUUCAACGCGAACAUUUGCGUGAAUAACCAACAAGCUUGCGUGGAACACAGCCACGUGAUGAGUAACAAAAGUACACGCAAGGAAUAUGAUGGAAAGAAGAAUGGCGGAAUGGAAUAUAUUUUAUUAAAAUCCUAAAGCACGCAACGGCGGAAAAUGACCCCAAAUCCUAAAGCACGGAACGGCGGAAAAUGACCCCAAAUCCUAAAGCACGCAACGGCGGAAAAUGACCCCAAAUCCUAAAGCAUGGAAAAAUGACCUCCUCUAACGCGCGUGACUAAAAGAGCUAUUUUGAUAAAUUUUGAAGAUUCACGCAGAUUUUUCACUCGCUCUGAACAUGGACCGGGAACAACAUGACCUGUGUUCAACGCGAACAUUUGCGUGAAUAACCAACAAGCUUGCGUGGAACACAGCCACGUGAUGAGUAACAAAAGUACACGCAAGGAAUAUGAUGGAAACACGUAGAUUUGACAAACUUGCAUAGCAUUCAGAACUCGCAAACACGAACGCACGCGCGGGACAUCAAUAUCCCUGCUAACUCGCAGAAGAUAAAUACAAAUAUUAACAAACACCGGUUCUCUUUCUUCUCAAGAAUGCUUGCGCCAAAAAUUCUUGCAAGAAUAAUGCAACAUGUCAAGCUGGGUUUACAGACAGAGAUUAUCAGUGUUUGUGUGCUCUUGGAUCUGGAUUUGAAGGUCAUAACUGUGAUGAGGGUAAGGAAUCCGCUACAGUUUUUUCAAGUUGAACAGAAGAUAAAUGCGUGACCAAUUUCCUUCGCUGAGAACGUUUGCUUCAGGCUAAGAGUAACCGAUACAUUUCAUGAUUCUAAUAAAUUGCUUAAAUUACUUUGGUAGUGUUGGAAGAAAAUAUUACUAUUUUAACUCUUUAUUUCCUGGCAGAGAUCAUUUGGUAAACUCCUUUCACAAAUAUAACACACACUUAAAUAGGAAGGUAAUGAGAAUCUAGAAAAUUAUUAAGCAGAGAAUUGAAUGUAAGACCAAAUUCAUAGAACUACUCAACAGAGAAUCGUUUUAUCAUCUGUUAAGACCAUUAACUUUUACAUUUUGGCCGUCAAAGGGUUGCCCUACUCACUGAUAAUCUUUUUUCAACUCCUAGUGUGAAAUGGAGUGAAAAAGACCUUCCACGAACGACUACCUAGCCCUUUAGGACGACCAGUUUGUUUGUCACUCUUAAUUUAACUCUUUAUGACGGCCACCUGUCUUACGCUAGCGGCCAAAGUGGCGCGUUUUUAACACAACCACAAAACAUUUGAGCAGCAGAGCGAUAUAAAAUGAACCACAUUUUACUCACGCUCGCUUUGCUGUCCUAGAUAUAGACGAGUGUACCAAUGGAACGCACAAAUGUGAUAUGAAUGCUGACUGUCACAACACCCCGGGAUCUUACAAAUGUACUUGUAAAGACGGAUUUCAAGGAAACGGUACAGACUGUACUCAGAGUAAGUAUUUGUCAUUCUUUCCAUGUCUGGCUUUUAGUAUUUAUUUAUUUAUUUUUCUAUUUACUUUGUAAGAUCAAAAUUUUCGGUUUUUGUGGUGUUGCGUCGGUGGGGGGGUGGUGUGUAAUAAGAAAAUUUGAGUUAUCAACUGACUUGAUGAUAUAAAUUGAUCACUAAAAAGAGUUUCUUGAGCGUUAGCCCUUCGUCAUAGCGAAUGGAGGAAUUGUGGGUUGUAUGUGUGUGUGUGUUGAUAUGCAGAAAAUUAGCUGCACUACCAGUAAGAACAUGGUUAAGAGAGCAACAAGAAAAGUGAUUUGUUGAUACCGUGGGGAUUAAUAAUGUCGCUGAAUUGAAAGAUAAAUUUUUGUUCUAGACUUUUGUAGCUUUCUGAACCGCCUAGAUGUAAGAUAAGGCCACAGACUGCCAUAUGCUGCUUAGAAUGAUUUGGGAGAUUGAAGUGUCAAGCAACUAGUUGGGAUGCUUCGUUUUCAUUCCUUUCUACGUAAUGAGGGUAUUCUCGAAUCGCUUCCGAUACACAGGGUCAUCCUUAACCCCAAGGAGCGUUCUUUAUGUUUUCCAUUCUUUCCAAAUUUCGAAAAAAGCGCCGCACGGUAAUCGAGUACAAUCACGGCUUAUUCGUCCACCUCUGACUCUUACAAUUUAGCUUUCACUGGUUGGUAUGUGAUGUAGUCAUUAGUGGAAACUGAAAAAAUAAAAACCUUAGUAUUCUUGCAGGAAUCAAGACAUUUUGAAGAUCUCUUUGACUCUGUUACUAGAAUUUUAUUGAUACCUUUUUUUUCCUUUUCUAAUCCCGCAUAAUUUGUAGAGAAACUUUUUCAAGCAUAGUGGUUGGCAAUAUUCAGAAUACUAAAGAACACGGUGACAUUUUCAUACUCGUGCGAUAAUUUUCAGUAUUAUUCGGUUCAUUUCACAGGAUUUAAUACAGCUGUGUUUACAAAUCUUGGUAAGAGCGACUCUCAGGGUCCAGACUCAGUUGGCAGUCACUACACAGGUCAGGAUCAUAACGGACAAGUUACAGUGUCCAGCGGUAUUCAGCUGUGGAAUGUGCCACACACAGGGGAAUACAGAAUAGAAGCAGUAGGAGCCUCAGGGGGGUACGGCCAGAACAGUGUCAUCAACGGAGGGAGAGGGGCGCGGAUGAUUGGAAACUUUAUGUUGACCAAAGAUGAGAUCAUUAGUAUACUCGUUGGUCAAAAAGGAAUCAGAGGGGGUGUCAACAAAAACACUGGGGGAGGUGGUGGAGGUACAUUUGUAGUGAGAGGAAACAACAUUCCCUUGAUCAUAGCUGGAGGUGGAGGGGGAAUUAAAAAUAUGUCGGAACAACAUCCAGGGUGUGAUGCGUCCAUAAACACAACAGGGAACGCAGGGAGCAACUCGCCAUUGGGAUCAGGAGGAAGCAACGGACAUGGAGGAGAUGCCAAUGGUCAAUCUCCAGGUAUGCAGAGAAAUUAGACAAACCCAUCAGUAUGAACAAUUCAUUAGGACAAUAAAACGAUUGUAAAAUUAAUCAGAACCCUAAUUAAUGGAAUAAUUAAUUCUGACUUGGAAGUUUUUCUUUUCUUCUUAAUAACAUCUCUGGAGGGGCAUCCAGUAAUAUCUUCAGUGUAAACGAAUCUCGCUCGUUCAGUUUUCAAACCUCCUGCACAUUAUUAACUGUUCACUAUCGAACUGUGAUUUUGUGAAGCUAACAAGGCUUCUCAUGCGCUGAUUGCAUAGCUGGAUAAAAGAAAAGCGCUGAAUUUUAACGUUGACUUGUCGUCAUAACCCUUUUUAUAAUUGACAAGAUCUAAUAAUUUUUUUAAAGUAAACUUCCGACUUUAAAUUAUGAAGUAUACUUGGUUGGAAAAAACUGCGAAUUAUUGUCUAAUCGCUUUUCAGUUAAUGAUUAAAAAGUUGCUUUAUAUAAGAGAACACUGAUCAUUUUUUUACAUUACUGAAGGUGGUGGUGGCGGCGGCUUUUACGGUAAUGGACAAGGUGCUUCGAGCGGUUCUGGUCGAGGAGGUAAAGGAUAUCUUCAGGGAGGAAGGGGUGGACAUGCCAGGGGUGGGUUCGGAGGUGGUGGUGGUUUUCGUUCAGGCAACCGUGGAGCUGGAGGAGGUGGAGGUUACUCCGGGGGAAAUGGUGCAGCUGAUGAACAGUUCUCCUGUGGAGGAGGAGGUGGAUCUUUUAACAAUGGAACAAAUCAGCAAAAUGAAUGUUGUUUCAAUAGCAAUAAACAUGGCAGAGUGAUCAUCACGUUUCUUCAGUGA